GGCUCGGCGGGUGGAAGGCGCGUCCCCGCCCCUGUCCGGGAGCGCGCCACGCCGGGCUGAGCCCCGCGGGAUGGGGUGGAGCUCGACGUACGCGGGGAGGAUUGGGCAACUCAGUCGGGGGACGGGAUUGCUAUCCCAGGCAGAAGGGAGCUGCCAGGGUGAGGGCGACUCGCCUCACCGCCACAGGGCGGGAAGGGAAGAGAGGGGGAGAGAAGCAGCUGAAGCGGCGGCCGGGCGAGUGACGGCAUUCCUCUCGAGGCGCUGGUUGAGCGCGCCGCUGCGGGGAUGCUGCUUCCAGUGGUUUGCUGAAAGAGGCUCUUUUGUAAUAGCCGCCUUACUGCCGCAGCGUAGCUCAGUAGGCUGUCGCGGAAGGAAAUGGACCACUGGACAGCUACCACUUUUUUUUACUUCAUAGCCGCCCUGAGUCUGUGACAGAAAUCUAUUACGUGAAACCUCCCUGUCUCUUCAGUUCCGUACAAGGAAAAGCUUCGUUGGCUAAUAUUUCUUCCGGUCAGGCAGCUGUUAAAAGCUGCCGAGAAACUUGAAGCCUCUGGAGUUGCACCACUCAAUUCAGAAUGCAGUGGCUGUCAUUUGGAGCAGGUGUUCUCGGCUUGACAAGCAACAAUUCAACAGGUUUAGCUUUACCCAUGGUACCAUCAUAUUGGGCAGUGCUUCACCUGUAAGAUUUCUGCUUGCCAUGCAGCUCUUAAAGGUGGCAGGUAGCUCUUUCCGAAAAGAAAAUGUAUCUAUGAAUGAGAUUUUCUUGCCGACACAGGAGCUUUUGGCUGCAGUGAGGGGAUGAUCAGCCUGACCUUCUGCAGGUGCUGCUGCUUCACCACUAACAUAGCCCUGGUGGCUUGGGUUAUUUUGCUGACGGUUGAGAACGGUACUCCCUGGAAGCAGCAGAUCCCCCGCCUCCGCCUCUCAUAUCAAGAACUCCUGAGAUCAAACAGCUCCCACCUGCUCUUAGACUCUGAAGAUGAGCUGGCAUUCCAGUCACUUCUUCUGGAUGAAAAGAGGGCAUGGCUGAUGGCAGGAGCUAAGGACCUCAUCUUUUUGCUGAACCUCAAUAGCCCCAGCAAAAAGUCUCAGAAGAUUUUCUGGCCAGCUCCUAGAGAGCAGAUGGAGCACUGCAGACUGGCUGGGAAGAAUCCUGAGACGGAAUGUGCCAAUUUCAUCCGCUUUCUCCAGCAUUUCAACAGCACUCAUGUGUUUGCCUGUGGAACAGGUUCCUACCAGCCCAUGUGUGCCUUCAUACAUCUCAGAACUGGACUUGAGGAAUCAGAGAUGCCGGCUAUGGAACUGGUCACGUACUCCAUAGAGUCAGGGAGAGGCAAGUGUCCAUACAGCCCCCAUGAGCCUUUCACAGGGCUGCUCAUAGAUAGGGAGUUUUAUUCUGGCACUUCUAUUGACUUCAUGGGUAGCAGUGCUGCCUUUUUCCGGACACGGCUUGACAGGGCUGACCAGAACUACAUCCGGACAGAACAGAACCAAGAUUAUUGGUUAAAUGAGCCUGUGUUUAUUGGUGCCUAUGCCAUUUCUGAUACCUACAACCAUGAUGAUGAUAAGGUAUACUUCUUUUUCCGGGAGACUGCAGUAGAGGCUGGACAGUGGGAAAGAAGGCGCAUCCAUGCUCGGGUGGCACGUGUCUGCAAGAAUGAUGUUGGUGGGAAACACAGCCUCAUCAAUCGUUGGAGUACAUUCCUGAAAGCCCGUCUGGUUUGCUCUAUCCCAGGUUUGCAGGGCACUGAAACACACUUUGAUCAGCUGGAGGAUGUCUUCCUCCUUCAUGCCCGUAAUGGGCAGAACCCUCUUGUUUACGGCCUUUUCACAGUGUCAAGUGGCAUUUUUACUGGCUCUGCUGUGUGUGUUUACUCCCUGGCAGCCAUUCGGGCUGCCUUCAACGGGCCCUUUGCACAUAAGGAAGGCUUGGACUACCAGUGGGUGGAAUAUAGGGGACGGAUCCCUUACCCCCGUCCUGGGACGUGUCCCAGUGAAACGUAUGACCCACUCCUCCAGUCAACAAAGGAUUUUCCUGAUGAAGUUAUUGGCUUCAUGCGCACCCACCAUCUGAUGUGGAACCCCAUCUAUCCACUCCAUUGGAAGCCAGUUCUGAUGAGAGUCAAUGUACCCUUCCAGAUCCAGCACAUGCUGGUGGACAGGGUGGAUAUAGAGGCUGGACCCAUCGAUGUCCUCUUCCUUGGAACAGAUGAAGGCAAAGUCCUAAAGGUGGGGAUUGCUGGCAUAGGAGGUGAAGACCCUCAUGAGAUUAGCCUGGAAGUGCUCACUGUUUCAAAGAUGUCUUCAGCCAUCCUAGACAUGCAAUUUUCUCUCAAGAGGCAGGAGGUGUUUGUGAGCAGUACAAGUAGCCUGGUCCAGCUCUCCCUGUAUCGCUGUGAACUCUACGGCAAAGCCUGUGCCGAAUGUUGCCUUGCUAGAGACCCCUACUGCACCUGGGAUGGCAAGUCCUGCAGGCCCUACCUGCUCACCAAAAAAAGGCGAGCACAGUGCCAAAAUGUGCUGAAGGCCAACCCAAUCAGUCAAUGCCAGGACACUGCAAAAGGAACCUCCACAGCUGAAGAAAAAGUGGUAUUUGGUGUGCAGAACAACUCAACAUUUCUUGAGUGCCUUCCACAUUCCCCUCAGACCACAAUUCGUUGGCUUGUUCAACGCAGCAACAUGGCGGUCCUGGAGGAGAUUGAGAGCACCGGCCGCUUCUCCGUCUUAGAGCAAGGGCUGCUCAUUAGUCAGCUGACCCAAGAGGAUGCUGGCAUGUACCAGUGCCAAGGGGUGGAGCACUCCUUUUCCCAAACUCUCACCUACUACAGCCUGCGCAUCAUCAGGCACCGGGCCAUGGAGGCUUUAACUUCCAGGCGGAGCAAGAGCACAGAGGAAGCAGAAGGCCAACGUAGCCCUGUCCCUGCAUCAGAGGUGCAGCCCCAUUACAAAGGGUACUCGUGGGGCUUGGGAGCACCUGGCACCAAUCUGGAUGAGUUUUGCAAUGCUCUCCAGCGGAGGAAAAGGCGUAGACAAAAGGGCUGGGCCCCGAAGUGGCAGCAGCAUCCCUUAGAAAGUAAGGGAGGCCGAGUGCGUCGGCAGCCUGGGCCCCGUAAUGGUGUUAUGCUAGCUUAAAUUCAGAGUGCACACUGAUGUGAUAAACCCAACAGGACUCCCUAAGCACACUCUCUUGGGUCCAUUCAGCCACUCAGCCUUACACAGACACAUCUGCAGCAUCAGAGCCUCCAGCCUCCCCUUGCCAGCAUGGCCUUCCUCAAGCUGAAGCUCUGGGGGGGUUUGCCCCCUCCCUUCCCUUGCGUACCCAAGGACGAAAGAAGACGAUAGCAAAGUGUACAGGCAGCCAAACAGGGCUGCCUGAGGAAUGCGGUGGGAACACCCUUCCCAGCCUAUGUCAGGCAGGACAAGCCAACUUGCCACGAGGCAAACCAGGCAAGACCACUCUUCAGUGCAGAUCGGACAAGAGAACUUUAUGCUCUUUACACAUCAUAAAACACGGAUUUUGUACAGCUCACUUUGUUUUCCUAAUAAAUGACGGCCAUUAACAAGAA